AUGACGCGCAACGAGUUCAACAUCGACGAGGCCGAGGACUUUGACGACGGCACGCGCGCCGUGCUCCACGAUGAUGGAGAGCCGGAUCAUGAUGCCGAGAAUGAGGACGCGAAGAUUCUGUGCUCGUCCCGCAAACAGCGACUCCAGACGAAGCAGCAGAAGAGCGGCCAGCAGCAGCGAGAACCGGCGUCUGCUCUGCGCGUCAAGAACUGGGACGCUGGAGUGCUGGAGAGCGAGGAAUACGCUGGAAAAGUGGUGGAGAGGAGGGACUUGAUGGAGGACGAAGAGUCACUGGACGAGGACGCGAUGGCUGAGUGGUCGGAGGCCGAACCUUUUGGAGCGUCGGAAGAGGAGAGUGAUGAAGAGGAGAAGGGAGAAGAAGGGGGAGAUGAGGAAGAGAUCGAAGAGAGUGAAGAUGAGGAUAAGAGCGCGGAGAUGCUUAUUCGUGGCUUCCAGAAGGAGGACUCGGUGCGGCUCAUGGGGGCACAGGACCGUGACAAGGUCGUGGAGAAGGCCACGCACGUGCGUAAUCAGAAGCUGAUCUGGGAGCGCUGCCUUGAAGUACAGAUUUACACAAAAAGGCUUUUGACAACAGCGAGAGAUGCAGCAGAUCAGGACGUGACAGAUGGAGAGACGACGGAGGAAGACACGGUGGCAAGUAGAAAGGAACAGGUGGUGGCAGAGCUUUACAAGAGCAUCGAAGCCGUUGCAGCCUUGCAGGAGAAGCUGUGCAAUGUCCCUGAGUUGUGCACUGUCGAAGUGUCGAUGAAGAAACGCAAACGCUCGUGCGAUGAUUUGUGGCAGGAAAUCGCAACCAGCAGUAGCGCGAUGCUGCCUCAGUAUAACGACAUCCUCAGUACAUACACGCGCAAGACGGACCUGGCAGCAGGUGGUAAGAACACUCAAGCUAAGAAGUUUAAGGCUGUGAACCAAGACAUCUUGGCGCAAGUCGAGUCAGUGCUGGUGGAUCCUCGGCGAGUGAAGCGAAAGGCACACGCUUUGUUGGAUGUGCCAGAGGCAGAUGUCACCGAGGGCGGCGAAGAGCAGCUGGACGAGCUCAUGUACGAUGACUCGGAUUUCUAUCAGCAGCUUUUGAAAGAGUUCAUCGAGAGUGGUGGAGGUGGUGCUGGCCAGGUGAAGCGCACUCACCGCAAGAAGAAUCGAAUUGUUAACCGUAAGGCAAGUAAGGGUCGUCAAUUGCGCUACACGGUCCACCCGAAGCUGGAGAAUUUCAUGUUUCCGGAGCCUUAUCCAAGACCGGAGAUGGAUGUGACUGAGCUUUUCCGCUCGCUCUUUGGUCAAGUGCGGCACUAG